AUGGCAAAAUGGAUUGUGUUUCCGAAAACAAGGCAAGACAGAGGACAUGUAAAACAAGAGUUUCAGAGUAGAUUUGGUCUGCCUGGUGUAAUUGGGUGCAUAGAUUGCACCCAUGUGGCUUUAGUUAAGCCCAAUGAUGAAGAACAUGUUUUUUAUAACAGAAAAGGGUAUCAUUCAUUAAAUGUUCAAAUGAUUUGUGACAGUCAUCUUCGCAUCACAAAUGUGAAUGCAAAGUUUGGUGGAGCUACACACGAUUCACAUAUAUGGUCAUCUAGUAAAGCUGAAUCAUACAUGCGUGAACUUCAUCAAAAUAAUGAACAAGUAUGGUUAUUAGGUGAUUCUGGAUAUCCACAACGCCCUUGGCUUAUGACUCCCAUCCUCAAUGCAGUUCCAGUUAUUAUA